AUGCUGUUCAACGCGCUCCGCACACGCGCCUCGAUGGCCCGGACGCUGGUCCGCGGCGUUCCCGCUCAGAAGCGCUACCUCUCGAUCCACGAGCACCUUUCCAUGGACAUCCUCUCCAAGUACGGCAUCGCCGUGCCCAAGUACAUCGCCGCCAAGACACCCGAUGAGGCGUACAAAGCCGCUCAGUCCUUUGGUGGCAAGGAGAUCGUCAUCAAGGCGCAGGUGCUUGCUGGUGGUCGAGGCAAGGGUCACUUCGACUCGGGUCUCAAGGGUGGUGUUCAUCUGAUCAAGACGCCUGAAGAGGCGCGCGAUCUGGCGGAGAAGAUGCUUGGCAACCACCUCAUCACCAAGCAGACUGGUGCCGCCGGUCGACUCUGCAACGCCGUCAUGAUCGCUGAAGCGCGUCCGCCGCACCACGAGUACUACGUCGCGGUGCUCAACGACCGUGCUACCCAGCUUCCCGUGUUGAUCGCCUCGAACCAGGGUGGUAUGUCGAUCGAGGAUGUUGCUGCUGAAAACCCGGACGCGAUCAUCACCACGCCCAUCGACUUUGAGAAGGGUCUGAGCAACGAUGAUGCUCUGGCCAUUGCCAAGAAGCUCGGCUUCACCUCGGCCAAGCAGGAGAAGCAGGCCGCCGAGACGUUCCAGAAGCUCUACCAGCUGUUUGACGAGAAGGACGCGACGCAGGUCGAGAUCAACCCGCUCGCCGAGUCCAAGGACGGCGAAGUGCUGUGCAUGGAUGCCAAGCUGGGCUUUGACGAAAACGCAGACUUCCGCCAGCAGGACGUUUUCGAGCUGCGCGACACCACCCAGGAGGACCCCGACGAGGUCGACGCCGCCAAGUACGGCCUCAACUUUAUCAAGCUCGAUGGCAACAUUGGCUGCCUUGUCAACGGAGCCGGUCUCGCCAUGGCUACGAUGGAUGUGCUCAAGCUCAACGGAGGCAACCCCGCCAACUUCCUCGACGUCGGAGGCACCGCUUCCGCCGCUAGCGUCAAAAAGGCCUUCGAACUCCUCCUCAACUCCAAGGACGUCCGAGGCAUCUUUGUCAACAUCUUCGGCGGCAUCGUCAGCUGCAAGAAGAUCGCAGAGGGCAUCAUCCAGGCCACCCAGGAGCUCGACAUGAGCAUCCCUCUGGUGGUGAGGUUGCAGGGCACCCACGAAAAGGAGGCCAAGGAGUUGAUCAAGAAGUCCAACCUCAAGAUCUUUGCCUUUGACGGUCUUGAUGAGGCUGCUGCCAAGGCGGUGGAGAGCGCUCAGAAGGGUACUCUUUAA